AUGGCCACUUCCUGCUUACCCUUGGCGAUGGUAACUCGGAAGAAGCAGUUCAUGAGAGGGCAGCAAGUUGUUCUUCUGUACAGAAGGAUUUUGCACAUAAUUCAGCAGGUUCCAGAGGAUUCUGAUCGCAAAUACCUGAAGGACUGGUCAAGAGAAGAAUUCAAAGGAAACAUAAGUGCAACUGAAGAGGAUACAAUCCAGAUGAUGAUUACUCAAGGCUACAUGCAGCUCAAGGAGUUAGAAAAAAAACCCUUGCUUUAG